GUACGGAGGACCUGCCUGGCUGGAGGAGUCGCUUGCUUAAGGGCGCGCUCGAUUUGCAGCGCUCUUUGAGAAAAGGAAGAGGUGGGCAGCCGGGCAAAACUUGCAGAAACGCUGCCUCCAAUUUCUUGCCCUUGCGCUUUGGGUUUCUUCCAUCUUGCCUCCGCGUCCCCUCGGAGGGACUCUGGGGCGGAAGAAGGCAGCCAGCAGCGGAGACCCUUUCUCCGUGCAAACGGGCAGAGGGCCGCGGAGGAGCCCGCAAAGAACAGAACUGCGGCCGGAGCGAAGUGGGCGGCUCCCCGCGUCCUAAGCCGUGCGGAAAAGCCGUCGCUCCCCCCGGCGCCCGGAGAAGAGAGCGCCGCCCGCUCCUCUCGCCACGCUGCCCUGUAGAAAGCGCGGGGAGGCAGGAGUAGCGGCGGCCAGUCGCGGGGAAGAGGGCGCCUCGGUCUCCCUGCUGGAGCAGCAGAACAGGGCGGGGUUGGUGACCCUGGCCAUGGCGGCGAUCCGCAAGAAGCUGGUGGUGGUCGGAGACGGGGCGUGCGGGAAGACGUGCCUGCUGAUCGUCUUCAGCAAGGACGAGUUCCCGGAGGUCUACGUGCCCACCGUGUUCGAGAAUUAUGUGGCUGACAUCGAGGUGGACGGCAAGCAGGUGGAGCUGGCGCUCUGGGACACGGCCGGCCAGGAAGACUACGACCGCUUGCGCCCCCUCUCCUACCCAGACACUGACGUGAUCCUCAUGUGCUUCUCGGUGGACAGCCCCGACUCCCUGGAGAACAUCCCGGAGAAAUGGGUGCCCGAGGUGAAGCACUUCUGCCCCAACGUGCCCAUCAUCCUGGUGGCCAACAAGAAAGACUUACGCAACGACGAGCACGUUCGCAACGAGCUGGCGCGCAUGAAGCAGGAGCCCGUCCGCACCGAGGACGGCCGGGCCAUGGCCAUUCGCAUCCAAGCCUACGAUUACCUCGAGUGCUCCGCCAAGACUAAGGAAGGCGUGCGGGAGGUUUUUGAGACGGCCACGAGGGCAGCUUUGCAGAAGCGCUACGGCACCCAGAACGGUUGCAUCAAUUGCUGCAAGGUGCUAUAAUACGAUGGACGGCGGGGGAGGGGGCGGGCGACAGGUGUGAAGGGACUGAGCUGGCGCCUGAAGCCCGGCGGAGGAGCGCCGCACGCAGAACAAACCGGGGAGGGGUCGGACCGCGCUCUUCGGGGGUGGGGGGGGAGCAAGCGCGCGCGCGCCGCCCGCUUGAAGGUGGGAAGCGCUGAUUUUCCGCGAAGGGGCCGCCGCCUGCUGCAGCUCCUCUUCAGCCUCGCUCGCGUUUCCAAAGGACAGUCAAGGGACUUCCACGGACCGAAUGCGCCCCUCUUGUUCCUAGCUGGAGAGGACUGCCUGUUGGCGCACCGAGGCACCCGCGCCGAGAUCUCCUGUGGAACUGCAGGGGAUCGGAGGACUGUAACUCUGCUCCUGCCUUGCUCUUCCCUUGGAAGGAGGCCGAUGGACAGAUCUGUGUAGCUUCCUCCUCCUCCUCCUCCUCCUCCUCCUCGGGGUCCCCCUGCGGUGAAUUAGUGUUUUCCUUCAGGCUGGGAAGGGGGUCGUGCAUUGAGAAUCACUGAGGGGGAGGGAGGGGUAUCUGUGGGGUGUACAUAGCAAAUUACUUGGAUUGGGGUAAGGAAAUGAUGGGGCUUGUUUUAACACUGGACGGGGCCCUUGCUCUCUCUGGGACUGAUUCCAGUUUGGGGGUUGAGGGGACUGGGCUUCCUUCUUCCUAGUCCCUCCACAAUGAAAAGAUUUUCCUUCUUGAGAUAGCUCUUCUCAGAAGAAGGGUGUAAUGUGUUCCCUUGGGUUGCUGGGGGUGAUGAGAAUUCCCAAUCUUUCCUGAGUCUGGUGCCUGCUGUCUUUGAUAUGUUUUGGAUUCCCCCCCCCC